UACGCUACCCAGAGUACUAAGCGAUCGGCAGGCACGCUCCAAGUGUGCGCAUGCGCACUAUGACUCAGCAGUCCCGCCGGCUCGCCCCGCAGUUGCGUGUUCAGUCAGAGUGCUGAAGGCGAGAAUUUGAGCUGCGAGCGCGGACGGGACGGGUGCGUGCGCGCGCUCCCUCCCCUCCCCCCACCGUGGCCAUGAUAGUGUUCGUCAGGUUCAACUCCAGCCAUGGUUUCCCAGUGGAGGUUGAUUCAGACACCAGCAUCUUCCAGCUCAAGGAGGUGGUUGCUAAGCGACAGGGAGUUCCAGCUGACCAAUUGCAUGUGAUUUUUGCAGGGAAGGAGCUUAGGAAUGACUUGACACUGCAGAACUGUGACUUGGCCCAGCAGAGUAUAGUUCAUAUUGUUCAGAGUCCCCUAGACAGUGGUCAGAAAAGGACUGAUGUUGAAACUGCCAACGCUGGAGGUAUUCUAGGAGGCAUGGAAAAAGAGCCUGAAAGUCUAACCCGUGUAGAUCUUAGUACCAGCAUCCUCCCAUCUUAUUCUGCAGGGCUGGCUGUUAUUCUGGAUACUACAGACAACAGCAUUUCCCUUCCAUCUGAUAAAUCAGGUGCAGCUAGUUACAACAGUUUUUAUGUUUUCUGCAAAAGUUUCUGCCAAACUGUGAAGCCUGGAAAACUGCGGGUCCGUUGCAGUACAUGUAAAGAAGGGACACUGACUCUGACAAGGGGUCCAUCUUGCUGGGAGGAUGUGCUGAUGCCAAACAGAAUAGCUGGCACUUGCCAAUCCCGAAACUGUCGUGGAGAUAUAGCGGAGUUUUAUUUUAAAUGUGGAGCACACCCAACUUCUGACAGUGAAACAUCUGUGGCUUUGAACCUCAUUACAACAAACAGCCAGCAUAUCACAUGUAUAACAUGCACAGAUAUUAGAAGUCCUGUGCUGGUGUUCCAGUGCUUGCAUCGCCAUGUCAUUUGCCUAGACUGCUUCCAUUUAUACUGUGUGACUAUGCUGAAUGAUCGCAAGUUCAUCCAUGACCCUGUGCUUGGCUACUCUCUCCCAUGUGUUGGUAAGUUUUUGUUUUUUUAAACUAUUCUUGCCCUAAUCUGCAGAAAAAUACUGUUGAUUUCAAAUCAAGUUGUGGGGUUUUGUGCGUGUUAUUUUAAAAAUAUGUCUAUGGAAUUAUAAUGUGUAUUAGUAGUUGUUUCAUCUGAUGGAAAAUAUUUUUGUUAU